GCGGCCUCGCGGCCUGCUGCGGCCUGACUGGAGCGUGACCCAUGGCUUCAGCCUCAGCUGGGGGCGGCGGGGCCCGGAACCUGCUGCAGCUUCUGCGGCUAGUGGGGCAGUUGAAGAGAGUCCCACGUACUGGCUGGGUAUACAGAAAUGUUGAAAAUCCAGAGAGCGUAUCAGAUCACAUGUACAGGAUGGCAAUUAUGGCUCUGGUGAUCAGUGAUGAGCAUCUUGACAAAGACCGAUGUGUACGCCUAGCCCUGGUUCAUGAUAUGGCAGAAUGCAUCGUUGGGGACAUAGCACCAGCAGAUAACAUCCCCAAAGAAGAAAAACAUAAGCGAGAAGAGGAAGCGAUGAAGCAGCUUACCCAGCUUCUACCAGAGGAUCUCAGAAAGGAGCUUUAUGGACUUUGGGAUGAGUAUGAGACCCAGUCUACUGCAGAAGCCAGAUUUGUGAAGCAGCUGGACCAGUGUGAGAUGAUUCUUCAGGCUGCUGAAUAUGAAAACCUUGAGAACAAGCCCGGGAGGUUGCAGGACUUCUAUGAUUCCACAGCAGGAAGAUUCAGUCAUCCAAAGAUAGUCCAGCUUGUGUCAGAACUCGAGGCAGAAAGAAACGGUAGUAUAGCAGCGGCAGCCGCCAGGCAGCCGUGCCCCUGAGGCACUCACCUUGUUGCUGUUCUUCUGGAGCAGACUGCUCGUUGUUCCAUCUCUUUGUGUGUGUUUGCCGCCGUUGGUCUGCUGAUUUCCCACCACGUGUCUGCAUUUUCAGUGGCUGGACUCCAGCAAGAAGCAUGAUACAAUCAGAAGAAGCUACGCAGCAGGAUGUGGUGUGAAAGGCCAAGGAUGGGGGGGGGGGGCAGGGUAUACUUUUAUGAACUAAAUAAAUUUGAAAAGCCUCAAAUUUGCAAUAUUUUUUGGAAAUUUUGAAUCCUCUUAUACUGACUUCAUAAACAUACACCCCUGCAGGCCAGAAUCAUUGAAUGAUAGAAAUUUUAAUUAUCUUUGCUUUUAAGAAUAGAUUCUUGGCCCUCCUGGUGGUGCAGCGGGUUA